AUGGCCAGUAUAAACUCAUCAGCUUACGCCUGGAACCAAGAGUUCUUCGACCGGCAGAUUCAAAAAUACCCGGCAGAAAACACACCUGCGGUAGCAACCUUUUCAAGCGUCUACGAUCUCAUUAAAAACUUUCUUUCGGUAUCUGGUGAUAUGGAGGCUUUCCUUGGGCCUAGCACAUAUCAAAUGUUGGAGCUUGAGCCUCUCUGCAAGUCAUGCACUAUGGAUGAUUUGUAUACUGGAACUGACCCUCGUGUGACUCGGCCCAUGGCUCUUCUGGAUGAUCGAUGUCGGCGAAUGCAUCAUUCAGAGCCAUCAGGUGGUCACAUGCGCCGUGACCGCGGGCCUUUGAGUUCUUCGCAGCUAUUACAAGAGCUUAGAAAGAGUCGGUAUGGAUGCAUUGGUGAGACUGAUGCUGCGAGGCGACUACUCUAUGUGGCUAAUCCAGACUGUUGGGUGAUUGCGGCGUUGGCUUCAACUGCUUCUAAUGUUCAGGCUACGUUUCUGGCCGACUUCUUUUAUAAAUACUUGGGGUCAAGAACAUCACUGGGUAUCCAUCGGCCGAUGCGAGGACCACUUAUUUUUGGUCUCGAAUUCCAUCUCCAGUUCUACGUCUGGUGUGAAGGCGGCCCACAGUUCCCCGAUCUUAGAAAGAAACGGAACGGAAAGCCUCUACGCCAGAGUCGCCAGCCCUAUUACCUCAAAUUCGGCGACGCAAAUGAGCCACAGGUUCAUAUCUAUGAGACUCAGGUCUCCUGUCUCAUCGCAGGCAUAGAUGAGGACUCAUGGGUCGCAUAUCAGUUCGUUGAUACAUACUACCAAGGGAACGCACCACUUGCGCAAGAUGAAGAGAAUGGCGUUAAACCAGAUCCCUUAACAGGGGGGCUAUUUGAUGCAAAUCUCCCUAUCUGGACUCCGAGGGAGUACUUCCUUAUUGUCUACGAGUGUCGACUAAAACAAGUCAGGCAUGCUAUGCAUAACCUGGUCGCAAGAUUGCUUCUAAGAUUGGAGCCAUAUACACAGGACGAAGGGGAUAUGGCAUCUUUUUCGAGUGGGGGAAUCGUGGAGACGAUGGCCCAGAAGAAGUUGACGCAGCGAGUCCUCAACGAAGCAAACCGAUUUCUACCACAAACAAUUCACUCUAUCUGCAAGGCGAUUGAGGUUUGGGAUAGAUUCAGCCGAAGAGAUAUUGCCUACCUCGCAGAUAUACUGAAGUCUGAUUCUAAGAAGAGCCCAAUCCCAUCAGUCAAGGUAGUCACCAUGAUAGAAGAUCACAUCGAUGCAUUGCGAGACCUCCAACGACGCGCAGAAGAACAAAGAGACUUGUGCGCAGGGCUUGCUCGAAAGCUGGAAAUGCAGAUUGUAAUGGAGGAUAAUGAAGUCACGGCCCGACAGCAAGCAGGGACGGAGAUGACAAGAUAUUGGACUGGUAUUGGUUUGGUCUUUCUACCGCUCACGGCUGUUACUGGUAUAUUCAGUAUGCAGGCGGGCAUUUUGCCGGAAUCGUUUUACAAGUGGUGGAUUUUUAUUAUUUUCUGGAUUGUGAUCACGCUUCUCGUUAUUCUCGCGGUCGAAUUCAGAUCAUUACGUUCUUCAAUCCCAAGAUUGGGCAGCGAGUGUUCUUGCAGUAGGACUUCUUCCCCCUGGUACCCCAUUACAUCAAGAUUCUCUCUGUCUUCAGCGACGGACUUUUCUGCUGAGAUUGAGCUCACCACAAGGUCCCCGGGUAGGACUGUUUAG